AUGCAUCACUUUGUGACUGUUGUAAUAAUAUUGUGUCCUUUUUUUGUUGUUUUAACAGUGAACAGGUUGACCUGGAAAAAAUGCUUUUGUUUUGCCAUUUUGGGAUUAGUAAUCCUCCUAAUCUACCUCCUCUGUAACACAGUGAACAAAGGACGUCUCAGAUUAAACAACCCAAAAUGGGAAGAUCCUGGACCAUACCAUGUGGCUUUUCCUCAUAACUAUCAGUUUAUCAUGGACAUCACACCAGUUUGUAAGACCACUACACCCUUCCUGGUCCUGAUGGUUCAUGUGGGACCAGGUGAUGUCGCAGCUCGAGAUACCAUUCGAAAGACAUGGGGAAAUGAGAAAAAGGUUCUGGGUCAGUUGGUGAGCACGGUGUUCAUAGUGGGCCUAGCUGAAGGACCUGACGCUGAUCACCAGCAGGAGAAACUGCGGGAGGAAAGUUAUCAACACCACGACCUGAUUCAGAGCGAUUUUCUGGACACCAGCUACAAUUCCACCAUCAAGACUAUGGUUAUGAUGAGGUGGCUCGUGGCACACUGCAGUGAGGCUUCCUACGUAAUGAAGGUUGACCCAGAUGUGUUUGUCCAUGUCCACAAUUUGGUCCAACUUCUGCUGGACCCUGGCACAGCCAAACAAAACUACAUGACAGGUUUGGUUAUACGACACAGGCCGGUUUUAAGAAACCCAUACCUGAAACUUUACAUGCCCAGAGAGGUGAUCCCUGAGCCGGAGUAUCCUGCCUAUCCUAUGAACAUGGCCUACAUCAUGUCUCUGGAUUUAGCUGAGAAGAUUCUCAGUGUGCCCAGUAGGAUAAAGCCCAUACACAUCACUGAUGUCUACUUGGGUAUGUGUCUAAAAGACCUGGACAUUUCUCUUUCGGAUCCAACCAAGCCCACUAUGUUUUUAAUGGAGCCCAUUUAUCAACUGAGCAACUGCCGGCUGUUAGAGGUCAUCGCAGCGAGGACGAUGGGAAUUUCACUAAUGACGAGUUUAUGGGAAAGAAGCAGAGACCAGGACACCAGAUGUUGAACUUUAAUCUUUGCUUUACCUGCAGUAACAGCAAAAAGGUUGUGACAUUUAUGUGAUCGGCCACAAUCAAAAAUUAUAUAUAUAUAUUUUUUUUUUAAGUGGUUCUCAAACUAUGGUACAUAUUUACAUUUAAAUCUUUUUCUGACGUCAGACAAAAUGUUUUUCACAAAAACAGGUGUUACCUUAAGACGUUCAAUCAGCUGUAAAUGUCACCUCCGCUUGUAAAAAUGAGACAAUAAAUUCUGCAA